AUGUCCCGGGGUGGUCGGGGAAGAGGACGUGGCGGCGGCGGUGGUGGUCGAAAAGGCCCUCUGCCUCCAGAGUUGGACCUUGAAGAUGACGACGACAUUUCUCUCUCGCCGACGGAGAAGAAGCCUCAAGCGCUGUUUCCAGACAUCGACCUCCCCAUCCCUCGCCCGCCGACGUCCCGCGAACUCGCCUCCGUCAGGCGCUACCUCUCCUUCCGCACCCGCGCGCGCAAUGGACCUUACUACGCGACCCUCGACCCCAGCAGCAUCGCGGACGAAAAGACGGGCAAAACGCUCAAGCGCGGGGGAUUCGACCCCUUCAACGACCAGGAGAAAUACACGGCCAAGUAUCACAAGAAGAAGAGGGCCUUGCCGGACUUGACGGGAGGGGGGAGAGAGUAUGCAUUGAAAUACUUCCCGCACGAACUGUGGCCCCUGCUCGAUCCGGCCAAGCAGAGCCCGCUCUGGAAAUCCGCCGACAUCGACAUCGACGCGUUGACGAAUGUCCCGAAGCGCAAAUCGCUGAAGCGCAAGCGCGACGAGUGCUCCCUGAUUCUCGACGAGGACGAAGAAGAAGACGCCACCACGGCGGCCAAGGCGGCUGCAGACGAUGACGACCAAGGCAACGACACCGACGCCGAGGACUCGGACCCGCUCCUCCCGCCGUCUCGCCGUGCCCGGACGGCAUCCAAGGCAGCAGCGAAGAAGAAGAAGCGGCGACGGCGCCGCGAGACCGAAUCCCGCGAGAAGCGCGGUCUCGACGCCGAGGACGACUUCGGACCGACCAAGAAACGCGGCCGGUCGCUCAUGGAGAGCCUGCGCGCAAAGGAGAGGAAGCGGCAGAAGCAAAAAUCCGGCGGUGGUGGCGGCGGAGACUCUGAUGAAGAUAUUGACGACGUCGAGGACGACGACGACGUUGACGGGCCCGAUGCGCAGGAGAAUGAAGGCGGGGACGGUGACGAGGAGGCAGGAGAUGAAGAUGACGACGACGAGGAUGAUGACGACGAGCCUGUGGAUUCAGAGUUUGAGGAGUCCGACGACGGCGAGGCCGACGACUACAACGCCGAGAAUUACUUUGAUGGCGGAGAAGGGGACGACGAGGAUGGCUUCGCCUUCGGCGGUGGCGGUGGUGAUGAAGGGGGUGAAUACUGA